CCCUCGAGCUGCGGUGCGCCAAGCGCUCAACCUCGGAGGACUUUGGCCCAGAGUAACCCGGCUCGCGUGAGCUUUCCCCUCUCUUCCGCACCUACCCCCGGCACGCCCUGAGAGCCCGCGGUGGCUGGGCGCUCGCUGCCCGCUCCUCUUCCUCCCUGCCGAGCUUCGGCUCACCCCCUCCCGGCCCCUGCGCGCGGCUCCUCGUCAUGGCGGCCCUCAGCAAGUCCAUCCCUCAUAACUGCUACGAGAUCGGCCACACUUGGCACCCUUCCUGCGGGGUCUCCUUCGUGCAGAUCACCAGGGGCGCCCUGGAGGAGUCCCUGAAGAUCUAUGCCCCCCUGUACUUGAUUGCAGCAAUUCUCCGGAAACGAAAAUUAGAUUAUUAUUUACACAAACUGCUCCCUGAGAUCCUACAAUCUGCUUCAUUUCUGACUGCUAAUGGGGCCUUGUUUAUGGCUUUCUUUUGCAUUUUAAGGAAGAUACUUGGAAAAUUCUACUCAUGGAGUCCCGGCUUUGGUGCCGCUUUGCCAGCUUCUUAUGUGGCCAUUCUAAUUGAGAGAAAAAGCAGGAGAGGGCUGCUCACAAUUUAUAUGGCCAACUUGGCCACAGAAACACUAUUUAGAAUGGGUGUAGCAAGAGGAACCAUCACAACGUUAAGAAAUGGAGAAGUCCUUUUAUUCUGCAUCACAGCUGCCAUGUACAUGUUCUUUUUCAGGUGCAAAGAUGGUUUGAAAGGAUUUACAUUCUCUGCACUUAGGUUCAUUGUUGGGAAGGAAGAAAUUCCCACACAUUCUUAUUCACCAGAGGCGGCAUAUGCAAAAGUGGAACAAAAGACUGAGAAACAUGAGGAAAAACCAAGAGGAACGAAUAUAAUUGCUCUAGUCAGGAAGCUUGUGGAUUCAGUAUGUAAGCAUGGACCAAGGCAUAGAUGUUGCAAACACUAUGAGGAUAAUUGCAUCUCUUAUUGCAUUAAAGGUUUUAUCAGAAUGUUUAGCGUGGGAUACUUGAUCCAGUGCUGCCUCCGGAUUCCCUCUGCAUUUAGGCAUCUGUUUACACAGCCGUCACGGCUACUUUCUCUCUUCUACAAUAAAGAAAACUUCCAGCUCGGAGCUUUUCUGGGCUCUUUUGUUAGUAUAUACAAGGGUACUAGUUGCUUCCUGCGCUGGGUCAGAAAUCUGGAUGAUGAACUGCAUGCCAUUAUAGCUGGAUUUUUGGCGGGAAUAUCAAUGAUGUUUUAUAAAAGCACAACAAUUUCCAUGUAUUUAGCUUCCAAAUUGGUAGAGACAAUGUAUUUCAAAGGCAUUGAAGCAGGAAAGGUUCCCUAUUUUCCCCAUGCAGACACUAUCAUCUAUUCCAUCUCUACGGCAAUUUGCUUCCAGGCAGCUGUCAUGGAAGUUCAGACCUUGCGACCAUCUUACUGGAAGUUCCUUUUAAGGCUCACCAAGGGCAGAUUUGCCGUCAUGAACCGAAAAGUCCUUGAUGUUUUUGGUACUGGUGCAUCUAAACACUUUCAGGACUUCAUCCCUAAGUUGGAUCCAAGAUACACAAUUGUAACACCAGAGUUGCCCAUCGAGUUUUCUUGAAGAUGACUAUAACUUAUUAAUGUGACUUAAUGUUUCAUUAUUUUGUCCUAGAGAGUUAAUUAUGUUGAACACAAAGAAGGGGGCCCGAGCUUGAACGUCAGUGUUAUUUCAGUGAGAGACGCUCUUUUUUUUGUUUUUCUUACCAAUCAGAAAUACAGAAGCUUUUUAGG